AUGGCCCCUAAGCUUAUCACGAGGAACCGCAUAUCCUCACACUUCACACCGCGUCUAGGAGCGGCGGUUGGCCUGAUUGCUCUGUCGACGCUGAACUACGGGCUUGACAACCAGGGCAUUGCUACUAGCCAGGCUAUGACCACGUACAAGAAGCAAUUCGGUGAAUAUGAUCCGAGUCUCGGCGAAUAUGCCAUUCCCACUUUCUGGUCGUCUCUCCUGAACAGCCUGAACUUUGUUGGGUUUGCGAUAGGUUUAUUUGUUGGCAGUAUCAUCAGUGCCCGGCAUGGCCGUCGCAUGGCCAUGUUCUGCAUGUCCAUUUGGGCCAUGGUGUCAGCCACCGUGCUCAUCACACCUCGUCACAUUGAGCAAGUUCUAAUUGGUCGUAUUUUGAACUAUGGAUAUGUUGGAAUGGAGCUUGCUACCUGCCCGCCGUUCCAGGCCGAAAUCAUCCCUGCUCCUGUUCGGGGAUUUGCUGUGGGUACAUACCAGAGCAGUUUGCUGCUUGGCGGCAUCAUCAUCAAUAGUGUAUGCCGCGGGACCUCCGGUAUUCCAACUAAUGCAGCCUGGAGGACCCCAAUGUUCUUGUUUUACGUUGUCCCAACGAUCGUGGCCGCCUGCAUUUGGUUCAUCCCGGAGUCUCCCCGAUGGUUACUGUUGCAAGAUCGGGUAGACGAAGCCCUAGACUCGCUAGAGAAACUUCGAGGCUCUAGGAGAGAUGGGUAUGAUCCACGAGAAGAACUUGCUCUCCUGCAGAGGUCGCUUCUAGAGGAACAGAAUCAAGGAACCUACGCCGAUCUUUUUCGGGGAAGUAACCUCAAAAGAACGCUUAUAGCUAUGGGAAUGAACUUUUUCCUUCAGGCGACAGGGUCUCCAUUCACUGCUGCCUACGGGACUCUAUUUGUUCAAUCAUUGGAUUCAUUGAAUGCGUUCGACUACUCGAUCAUGAGCUCGUGUAUCAACACAUUUUGCUGUGUCGUGUCUAUCUCUAUUACCGACAAAAUUGGACGCCGACCCAUCUUGCUGCUUGGCUCAGCUUUACAGGUGGUGUGGCUGUUCAGUAUGGCAGGCAUAGGCUUGCAUCACAACUUAUCACUCGUUCAAAAGCAGGUUGUUAUCGCCGCAACAGCUCUGUCCUCGGCUAGCCUGUGUUUCAGUUGGGAUCCACUUAACUACAUCAUUACGACCGAACUACCUGCAUCCAAACUGCGUGACAAAACCCAACGUGUUGCAUCGAUUGUGAGCAUUCUUACCAACUUCACGUUCUCUUUCAGUACCCCCUACCUCCUCGAAGAGCCCUAUGCAGACCUCAAGUCCAAAGUGGGCUUUAUAUUUGGCGGUCUCGCCAUUUUAUCAUUCGUUUUUGCCUAUUUCUGCGUCCCGGAAAUGAAAGGCCGGUCACUUGAAGAGAUCAACCAGAUGUUUCAAGAUGGCGUUCCCGUUCGACAGUUCAGAACCUAUAAUGCGGCAGACAGUACAUCCUUGAAUAAAGCGAAUAGAACAUCACAUGACGAAAUUACACCAGGCGUGCAACUGACAAGACUAGAGGGACAACACCGACCAUAUUAA